AUGUAUAGCACAUUUUCUAAGGUAGAUGAACAUGCUACAGGCGGAUCAUCCAUUUUUGUGAAGGACAACGUCAUUCAUAGCACAGUCCAACUCACAACGGAUCUGCAAGCAGUUGCAAUUCGUUUAUCAUUAGACAAAACAAUUACAUUAUGUUCGAUAUAUAUUCCACCUAAUUCAAUUAUCGAUAAAGCAAAACUCAAAAACCUCACUGAUCAAUUACCCUCACCAUUUAUAUUUAUGGGCGACUUCAAUGCCCACAAUCCAUUAAGGGGUAGCAAGACUCAUAAUGCCAAAGGUAAGAUCAUUGAGGACUUUGUCUCUCAAGAAGGAUUAUGCAUUUUUAAUGAUGGAUCUAAUACGUAUCUUCAUCCUGGAAACGGGUCUUAUUCUUCUAUUGAUAUCACUAUAUGCGAUCCCUCUAUGCUUCUGGAUUAUUCAUGGCGUGUUCAUGAUGAUUUAUGUGGAAGUGAUCAUUUUCCAAUAGUACUUGAACAUCUUUUUAAUUCUGCCCAACAGAGAGUACCACGUUGGAAACUUUACAAGGCGGACUGGUCCUUGUUUGAGAAUCUCUGUCGAGCGGAACUUCAGUCAAAGAUGUUUGAGACUGCGCAAGAUCCAAUUUUAACUUUUAAUACAGUUCUAACGUCAAUUGCUGACAGAACUAUUCCUAAGACCUCGGCAAAUCCAAAACAUCCCAGUAAACCAUGGUUUGAUGACGCAUGUGAUCAAGCCAUAGGUGACCGUAAAAAAUCUGAAAGACGGUUCAAUCAACAACCAACGACGGAAAACUUGAAACUUAAAACAUCUCUGUCAAAAGCCCAUGAUACAGCUUGUGGGCCUCAUAAUAUUCACUACCAACUCUUAAAACACUUGCCAGAUUCCUCGCUAGAAGCUCUCUUGCAGCUCAUGAAUAACAUUUGGGAAUCUGGUGAUUUACCAUCAAUCUGGAAGCUUGCAACCGUCGUGCCUAUUCCAAAACCAAGUAAAGAUCAUACGGAUCCUAUUAAUUAUCGACCAAUUGCUCUUACCAGUUGUGUCUGUAAAACACUCGAACGGAUGGUCAAUGAUCGCCUUGUUUGGUUCCUGGAAUCCAAUGGGCUAUUAGCCAAUAUCCAGUGUGGAUUCCGACAGGGUCGCAGGACUCUUGAUCAUCUUGUUCGAUUCGAAUCAUUUGUCCGUAAUGGUUUUGCGAAAAAUGAGCAUGUGGUGUCGGUCUUUUUCGACCUUGAGAAGGCCUAUGAUACUGCAUGGAAAUAUGGUAUUUUAAAAGAUCUAUUUGAUAUGGGGUUGAAAGGCAAUAUGCCUAAUUUUAUUUCUAAUUUUCUCUCUAACAGACAAUUUAAUGUUAGAGGUAAUUCGACCAUGUCUGAUCUUUAUGAUCAAGAGAUGGGUGUCCCUCAGGGCAGUAUUUUAUCUGUUACAUUAUUUAAUCUUAAAUCAACAGCAUUGUUGAAGUUUUAA